UUAAUAUGUACGACGUUCUUUUCGGACUUCCCGCUCUUGUGGCAUUACGAUCAAACCUGGAUUUCGAACGACGAUCGAUCGUCCUCCGAAAUACAGGAGGAAAACCCUACGCGGUGCCCAUGCGAUUGACCCUUCGCACUACUAUUAACGUGGUCCCGCGGGUCUCGCCGAUGAUGGCAGAGACUCUCCGCAUGAUCUCCUGGGACGGACCCACAGAAGGACAAUCAUCUGAUGAUGCGGAAAGCAGUGACGAAGACGAUCCGGAGAUCUUGAAAUUAGUACGACAACGCGUUUACUACCCGCCACCCAAGACGAUAACGAGAACGAUGCAACUGACCAGCCGAAAAAUUCAAAGGACCAAGGCAAUGAUCUUGGGAGAGACCCUCGUGCAGAUUUCGAGGAUGGUCGACUCUUUGGAACCCCCUCAAACUCUAUACGAAGGGAUCACCCCUCUCCUCGCCAGCUAUAGAGAUAAAAAGCAUUAUUGCGACGUUAUAGAACUACCUAGGUCUUUGCUAACAUCGGCUAAAGAAGUGAGGUUGUUACGCUUGGGGGCGGAAGCAAGCUCUCUGGAACCCCCUGGGCGUUUUGAAGCAGAAAAAGACAGGCUGGGGAUAAAAAUUGCAACCAAGGAAGUGCCAUGGCAGGAUGUUUGCGACGGGAUUACCUCGGAAGGACACGUGGCAAUCCGGGAAGAAGAUGCUCAGAUGAUGGCCACGGUGUUCUCCUGGCGAUCGGAUCAUUCAUUCAUCUCGGCGCCUCCACCUGACUUGGCAAAACAGGCGCACACGAAACAUAUCGACGUUCAGAUCUGGGACCAACUUUUCGAACUAUGCCUUCCACAGUAUGUGCCGGAUGAAAUCCACCGGGUCAUGGUGGAUAUUCUAACAGAAUAUCGAGAAGCGAUUAGCGCGUCAGAUACUGACAUUGGGUUGUCGUUAGUAAUCCAACAUGAAAUUCAGACAGGAAAUCACUCCCCGAUUCAUUGCAAACCCUAUCGCUAUUCCCUGAUUGAACGCAAAAAGGCUCUCGAACGAAUUCGGGAGUUCGAAGCCAGUGGUUGGAUCGAACCUGCUACCCAACCUUGGUCUUUUCCCGUAGUGUUAGUACCGAAGAAAAACGGAGCAAUUCGCAUUUGUAUUGAUUAUCGCAAGCUGAAUGAAAUCACGAUUAAAAAUGUGUAUCCCCUCCCCCGGAUUGAUGAUCUGUUGGAUGCGAUUGGAUGCGCUAAUUAUUUCAGCACGUUUGAUAUUCGGCAUGGCUUCCAUCAUAUUCUGGUGAGGGAAGAAGAUCGGCCAAAAACGGCCUUCGUGUUGUUUGAGGGCACGUGGCAGUGGGUUCGGUGUCUGAUGGGGAUUUGCAAUGCGCCUGCCACGUUUCAGCGAGCGAUGAACAUGACGUUCCAGAACUUCGUCAACAAGACACGACUGACGCAGGGGAUGAUUAACUUCUGCGUGAUUGUGUACAUGGACGACAUCCUGGUCUAUUCGGAGACCUAUCACGGGCACGCGCAACACAUCGAAUGGACAUUAAGUGCAUUGAGAGACGCUGGGUUCAAGAUUGCGCUUAAGAAGAGUGAAUUUUUCCUCUCGGAAAUUUCGUUCCUGGGCUAUGUCGUGACACGUGGAGGAUUGCGGCCAGACUUGAGAAAAGUUGCGGCAGUGAGGGAAGCUCCGGUUCCCACGUCUCUGACGCAGGUUCGAGCCUUCUUGGGGCUGGCGUCGUCCUAUCGGCGCUUCAUCAAGGGUUUUGCCGCGAUUGCACGACCACUAAGGAAUAUGUUACGGAAAGACCAGUCUCUCAGCUGGGAUGCGGAGUGCCAGCAGGCCUUUGCAACCCUCAAGGACGCUCUGGCAACGACCCCUAUUUUGAUCCGGCCGGACCCCUCGAAGCAGUUCAUCCUCAUCACGGACUGGCAACCGGAAGGUAUUUCCGCUAUUUUCGCCCAGAAGGGGAACGAUGAUCGAGAACACGUCAUCGAGUACGCGUCACGAACCGUACCGGACGAACGAAGAAACGACUCCGCACCUCAGGGUGAGUGCUAUGCAGUAGUUUGGGGAAUCCAACACUUCCAUCCGUAUCUCUACGGACAGAAGUUCCGCCUCGUAAUGGAUCACGAGCCUCUGCUGGCGCUGAAGAAACUCACCAACUACACGGGCAUGAUUGGUCGUUGGGCGGUGCGAUUGCAAGAAUACGACUUCGACAUCGUCCAUCGAAAGACAGAGCGACAAGGCAACGCGGACGGGCUGACACGUCUACAUCGGCCUGCCAAGUCCGAUAUCCAUCCUCGCCUUUCCUACUGCCUAACGACCCUUGCUGUCCCCGACAUUCGUCCCCCAUACUGGGACCUGUGGCGCGAAGACUUCGUAGAGAUUUCACUGUGGUUGGUCGAAGUACGGCUGACGUGGAUCGAGGACGAAGCGCACCCGCCUUGCAUAGAGCGGCUGGAGUUGCUGUUUAUCCAAGCCUGGCGCACCAACGUGGAGGGAGAGCUCCUCGCAUUCUUAUUCGGUGCAGUACGGCCCGACCAUCAGGAACUUAUCACACAAGAGCUCACGAUCCCGGUAGCGCAGCUGGCGGACGACCUCCCUCUUGACAUCAUCUCGCAAGACGACGAGCAUCCAGUUCCCCAUGUCCUUUCUCGCACCUUGACACCUCAUCUUCAGUGGUCGGCUUGCGUAGAAGGAGCCGCGGAACGCAUCCCGCCGUCGCAGCGACAACAUUUGGAUCCCCGGGCGAUUCGUGACCCUGCCUUCUUCAGGCAGCCUACGGCGGAGCAGCUUGCGGCCAUCCAAGAGGAGGAAGAGGAGGAAGAAAGCACUGAGAGUGACGACAGGGAAGACGAGCGGGAAGAAAGUGAGGAAGGCGACGAAGUACUCGGGGAAGAGGACGAAACCCCCGAAGAAGGAAGCUAUAGCGAGUAUAGCGAGGGGGAGCAGAGCGAAGAAGAGGAAGAAGACGAAGAAGGAGAAGAAGGGCACGAAGAAGAAUCUGCUGGACCAGAGUGGGAAGCCGUGCCAGAAGAAGCGCUGCUCACAGGUAUAGAGGCAGAAGAUCCCGAGGCGGCCCGUAAAAGGGAAAAGAUCGUGGUCGGGAAGACGGAGUUAGAACUCGCAGGCGCGAUUCUUCCCAGCGACUUGAAACGGGACAUGGAGGUGGACCCGGGACCGGAGGAGGACCUCAAUGGAGACUUCCAGAUGGUGAUCUUAAAUGACCAAGGGGCGACACAGGGCCGCCUGGUGGAGGGGUCCCUGAGGAUCGAUCAAGAUCUGGAAGAUCACCCGUCACCCCCGGCUGCGGUACAGUAUCCGCCACAAGGAAUGCCGCCUCAGACCCCCCACCACAUCACCACCGCAAAUGACGGCAAUCUAGCCACAUCAAGUCACAUGCAGAAGCAUGUCACGACAAACAAGCUGGUGCGCCAGAGGCUCAAAAUCCUCACCGACGAGGUGUUGAUGAGAAUGCUGUUCCAAAACUACUCUCCCGGCCAACUAAAUAUCUCUCCCCUUCAUUGGGAGAGGAUAAGGAGAGCACUAAUGUUCUGCCCUCGGGUGCUGACAGUGCUAGAGAGAUACAUGAUCCCAGAGGCAGUUGACUGGGUGAUAGUGGGCAGGGAACUUAUCUAUACAAUCAGUGCCUUCAGAAAUGAAGUCUACAAUUACAAGGUACACACUGAGCACACAGAAAGGUCUGAGACCUCACAAGAUCACAAUGAGCCACAAGGGAUGAACCAAGACUUCUGGUUUGAAGGAGUAGCAUGGCCGGCGGUACUCAUCCAUGAAAUUCAUCAGUUACCGUUGUUCACAGACCCCGGCAACUGCGAGCGAAAGGGUGCAUCUCAGUCAACUGCCCAAUCUAUUAUAUCUUACGAAAGUAACCACGAAUUGGUGCUGCCAAUGGAAGUCAACCUGGGGGAGCUCAUUGCUGGCCUCCCUGAGAUAACAAACGAUUCCGACUCUGAGUCGGAGGCUGAAGCAGAAUAGGGACGACCUUUCAAUCACUGGCCAGAUUCACUCAACCUCCCACAACAGGUGCCCCGACUGGAAUGUGGCACAACAAAUGAAAACCAUCAAAAUCA